AUGGAUAAAGCCGACUCGACAAGUGUGUCGUCAUCCACGACUGACCUGAACAAUAUCGGGUGUAGUCCACAAUUCACUUUGGAUUACAUCAUUAAUCGCAUUGACUCCGCACAAAUCGUAUCUUAUGAUGAAGACUUCAUCGACAAAACAGAGCGCGACAGGCUCGAGGAUAUUAAGAAGAAGCAAAAUGAGUUAACACGCAUUAACGAAGCCCGUCGAGAGCAAAGUGGGUUCUUUUAUUCUCCACAACGUGGUGGUGCUGUCCCUUCACAAAGUCGCCUGAACGACUUUUCAAAGAGUGAAGUGCGUUUAAGAAACUUGGACGUCUUGCUCACGUUAACAACUUUCUACAAUACUUUAUCCUCUUGGGUUGGUCUUAAUUAUUACGAUAUCGUAUAUGACAGCGAUGAAGACGGGAAGAUGGCCCGUGAUAUUAACUCGAACAUCUGUGGGUUAACUGAUGUAAUGAUAGUAGUGAUUUCGUCCGAAGGCUAUUCCUUCGGCUGCUACAAUCAUAAAAAAAUACCUAAAGCGGGGAAGUCAUACAAAUACAUCAAAUUCGACAAGAAGUAUUUCGCAUUCUCAUUGAGAAGCCCUAACAGUCCGGAACCAAAAAAAUUCAAACCAAAACACCAUGGAAAAUCUCUAUGUAUCUGGCCAAACCUGGAGGAGACUUAUUCCAUCACUACAAAACGGUUCAUGAAAAUCAAGAACCCGUCGGGACCUGUAGGUUCUAAGUCCUUUUUCCACACUCAAUUCAAAAAGCAAUUCACUGACGACUCCGGUAAGGGCUUUUACUACUUUACCAACGAAUCCACCUUCGAUAUUCACCGUGUCGUUGCAGUUAGAUGGUAUUAA